CGUCAAUCAAAUCACUUGACAAAAUGAAUGACUGAAAUAUUAACCCGUAAAAAAUACAAAAUAUAUUUAUUCGGCAAAAUGAAUAAUAUGAUCAAAAUUCAAUACGUUCCUAAAGCAAAUUAAAUUUACUGUGAUAUGCCGGGGCCGGAUGUAAGAGCCAAUGAAAAUGUCCUCGGCGAAAUGUCGACAGAGCCCGCGGCUACCGUGCAUACUGGUGUAGUGCCAGCAAAACCUGAAAGAAAAUUAACUGUACUGGAAACCCAUGGCUACAUACUUGGUAGGACUAUUGGCUCAGGUUCUUACGCCACCGUAAAGGUAGCAUCCAGCGACAGGCACAAUUGCCAAGUUGCAAUAAAAAUAAUAAGCAAGUUCCAAGCGCCGGGCGACUAUCUCAAGAAGUUUCUACCCAGAGAAAUAGAAGUUGUGAAAGGGCUCAAGCACGAAAACUUAAUACGAUUCCUUCAGGCCAUCGAAACAACACACAGGGUUUACAUAGUAAUGGAAUAUGCAGAAAACGGCAGCCUACUCGACAUAAUCCGUAAGGAUCAGCAUAUAGACGAGGUGCGUGGGCGCCGUUGGUUCCGGCAGCUGGUCGAGGCAGUGGAAUACUGCCACGAGCGCGGCGUCGUUCAUAGAGACAUCAAAUGUGAAAAUCUCCUAAUGGAUCAUGGUCUGAACAUAAAACUAUCAGAUUUUGGAUUUGCAAGAGGCCACAUGAAACCUAAGAACGGGGUAUAUGCCCUAAGUGAAACCUUUUGCGGCAGCUACGCGUAUGCCUCUCCUGAAAUUCUGAAGGGGGUUCCUUACAAGCCACAGGACUCGGAUAUAUGGAGCAUGGGGGUUGUUCUUUACGCUAUCGUGUAUGGACGCCUGCCGUUUGAUGACACCAACUAUACGCAGUUAUUAAAACAGGUCCAGAAUAAAGUGUCAUUCCCUCGCGAACCUAGAGUCUCCGCAGAUUGCCGAAAGCUUAUCACCAAGGUUCUAGCGCCUCUAAAGAUGCGUGUGAAGAUACCCCAGAUCCUUGCUGACCCCUGGCUUAAUCCCAACCAACCGAGAGACGAGGAGCCAGAUGGGACACAGGAAAGUGCUUCAAACAGCAAAGAAAUAAAGAAUGUAAAUAUAGAAACGACAUUUGAGAGACCCAUAGGAAGAAGUGAAAUCAUUUAAAUUGUAAAUUAUCGCCAGUCAAUAUGUUAUUAAUAAUUUAGUACAAAA